CCGGUGGCCGCCGCCGCUGCCGUGCGGGAGGAGCAACGCCCUGUGAAGCAGUCCCUGAGUGCCUGCAUGUGCCGUGAGUCCCACUGGAAAUGCCUCCUCCUCUCCAUCCUCAUGUAUGGCUGCCUGGGUGCAGUGGCCUGGUGUCAGCUGGCCCGGGUCACUAAGCUCAGCUUUGAUAGCUCCUUCAAUGGCAAGUCAAUGAUCUACCAUGACAGCCCGUGCUCUGAUGGGUACGUCUAUAUCCCACUGGCCUUCCUCUCUAUGCUGUACGUGGUGUACCUGGUGGAGUGCUGGCACUGCCAUGUCAAGAGAGAGCUGCAGUACAAGGCAGACGUGGACAGUGUCUAUGAAUGCAUCAACCGCAUGCAGCAAGCUACUCCGUGCAUCUGGUGGAAGGCCAUCAGCUACCACUUUGUGCGGCGAACGCGGCAGGUGACCCGGUACCGCAACGGUGAUGCCUACACCACCACACAAGUCUACCAUGAGAGGGUCAACACCCACGUGGCUGAAGCUGAGUUUGACUACUCUCACUGUGGAUACAAGGACAUCUCUAAGGAGCUCCUGGGCCUGGAGAGCUACACAGCCACCAAGCUGAGGUUCACCAAGUGCUUCAGCUUUGCCAACAUCGAGUCUGAGAACUCUUACCUGACUCAGAGGGCUCACUUCUUCACUGAGAUUGAGGGGCUGGAUGACUACAUGGAGGUGAGGGAAGGCAUGCAGCUCAAAAAUGUGGACUUCAAAGAGCUUAUGAUGGCCUAUGGGGACCCAGAUCACCUUCCCUGGUAUGUGUCCCACUAUGCUUUCUGGGUGGCAGCUAUUCUGAUGAUCUCGUGGCCACUCAGGGUACUCAUAGAGUAUCGGACUGCUUAUGUUCACUACCAUGUGGAGAAGCUGCUGGGCCUGGAGUACACGGCAUCCACGGGGGCAGAGGAGCCCUUGUACCGGUACCGCAUGCCUCGAGACGCCACGCAGGACAGCGCUGAGCUGGAGUGGCACAUCUGCACCAACCGGCAGCUGAUCCCCAGCUACUCGGAGGCCAUGCUCAUGGACCUGGCUGGCUCCCCGGCCUACAACAGCUACAGGCUGUGCCGGUACGGCGAAACGGCUCAUGGCUGCGACCGCUGCAAUCGUGCCUCCAGCACCUCCUCCAUCUUCUCACGCCAUGCUUUCCACAGCUGCAGCGGCAACUCCCGCCUCUCCCUCAACACCAGCCGCUUCUCCCUCUGCCGUGUCCAUGGGUCCCACAGGACAGGCCUCUGGAGGAGCCGCAGCAGCAGCAUCGCGGACCGGGGCUGCCAGGAUGAGCAGUGCUGCUCCUACUCCAGCCAGCUGGCUGUCAAUGAAAACCCCCCAACCUACCACGAUGCCCGCUUCUUCCCUGUCCUGAUUGUGCACAGGCCAGAGGGGCACGAGGGGCGGCAUUUCUACGUCAGGCGCUCCUCCUGUCUAGAAACCUCUCUGUGACAGGCCCCCGUGGUUUCUCAGCGCCUCUGCUCUGGGACGGGGCUUCCUGCAGAGGUGCCACCAGCAGGGAGCCUGCAAGCACCGGUCUCCACAGCAGCUCAGCAUGACGAGCUUCAGCUCUUCCCCCUGCAUUGCGAGAGGACUGUAGUCACUCAUUUCCAAGAGGUUCUCCCCCUCCUUCAGCUGGUCUCCCUAGACUUUUGUUCCCCUCUUCUUUUUGUUCCUUCACUACUCAACCUUUCUUUGCUCCUCAGUUCCCUGCUUCUCCUCCCAUCCUACCAUCAUUUUUUUUAUUUUUUAUUUUUUACAUUUCAUUCACAGCAUUUGCCCGCUGUUGCUGCUGGAGGAUUUAUAAAGCCUGUGCUUUGCAGUAUAUUUGCCCUCUUGGAUGCCCUGCAAGGUAAGAAACUCAGAAAGGCACACAGCCAGCCAGAGUCAAGUCAGAAGGAGAAUUCAGAUCUGCAGGCACUGAGUCACCUCCUGCAAACCCCAAACAAGGUGCUUUUUAAAUGUAUUUGUUUUCUGUAGUCUUUUUUCCUCUUCUAUCAUUUAUUCUCUCCUUCCCUCCUUCCCUCCUGUUAUUCUCCUCUCUCUUUACCCUCAUCUUCCUUUUUUUUUUUUUUUUUAUUUUCUUACUUCUGUUUUCCAACCUUUUGGGGUCUUGCUGGUGAGGAUGUCUUUCAGGGUGUAAUUGCCUUCCAUCAGGGAAAAUUAAGGCAUUCACGGCACAAACGUCACUGACUGCUGACACAACCACAGACUAUGCCCCUGAGAAGUGCAGAGGACUUUCUUUCCAGAGCAGUGACAUAAACCAAUAAAGCAAAAAGCCCUUUGCUCACCUUGCCCUGCCUGGUCUGCAGCACAGACACUGCUGCUUUUCCAGCUGUAGUUAACCUUGUCCAGCUCCACCCCUGUUAGGAAUCAUUGAGAGCUGUAAUGUAAAUCAGUGCCCUGUUAGUGCCACUAUUUUUAGAACUGUGGAUCUGGUUUGUGUUGUUUUUUUUUCCAUUCCUACCACUUGCUCAGAGCAGCACAGGCUGGAGAAGGGGAGAGGGGCUGGAGAGAGAAAGGUAAAUGUGGUAUUAGCCCUCCCACCUAUAGUCUGGAGUUGUUAGGAAGCUCUUCCACCCACAGUCUCUACUAGAGUAGUUGCAGGACUGCUCUAUGUUAUCCUUCAGUUUUCCAUGUGCUCUGGGGAGAGCUUUUGGCCCAUAGCCCACUUCCACCUUCCCACCUUCCCAGGCAGGAUGCAGUGCCACCCCAGCCCCGGGCAGAGGGCACAGUUGGGAGCCAGCCCCACCGGCUGCUCCUGCUGGGGCUACAGGCUCUUCCCACAAGGCUUUCCCCAGAAACAGGUGCAGCACUUUCUGGAAACUAUCAGAUUAGUGCCAGCAAUGCCAAACCCAGGUGUACAGAGCUGGCAGAGUAGACUGCUGCACGCUGGGCUAUGGGCUGCCCUCUUUGCCCAGCCAUAGUCCUCCCCAGGAGCCAGGAACCAAUCGCAGAAGCUUAUGGCCACACUGAGGACCCACCAGGGUCCUCACAUCUGCCAAACCACCAUCCCACAAAGGAAGGCCAUCCACCGAGCAAGCUCUGUACCUUUUUGGUGUGUGGAUGGCAGAGAUUAUUAUCCACCAUGACUCACAGGAGAAUGCAAUACGAUCGAAGCACAGUCACUUUCAAAAACAAAGUGUUGUCACUCCCCACAGCAAGUAGGUAAGAAACCAGCCCCCCAGAGGGGCUGGCAACAAAUGCUUCCUCCUGAGUCCAUUCUGUGUGUAUCUACAUGUAAUACAAGGUUGGUAAAGUCAUAUUAGUAUGUGUAGAUUAUAUAUAACUCUGCAUACUUAUAUGGUGAUUUCUUAUGGCAUUGACUGUUGCACUGUGUUAAAUACAUUUUGGUUUGGUUUGAUGA